UUAUUAUCAUUCACACUGGUAAAGUGACUGGAGAGUGAGGGAAGAUCCUGAGACUCCCUCCUCCUGCUGAUGUGGAGCUGCUGCAGCUCAGAUGGGACUUUAAUCCAGACAGAGGAGCACUUGAUGCCAUGGAGAUCCCUCUUCACUGGAUGGCCGUCCACGCCGGAGCGCUCUGAGAGAGAAGACGAGAGGAAAACUUCAUCUGGAUGAUUUUCAUAGUGAUAUUUCGCCUCACUUUGGUCGUCUUAAGCUCAGAGUGAUGUUCCAGUUCUGCAGACAGACCCAGCUCUUUGUGGAACUGGGAAUCCUGGUGGGGAUCCUGGUGGUCGUUGGUUCGGGGCAGGUUUAUGAGAUGAAGGAGCCGGGGUCAUCCUGCUACGGAGGAUUUGACCUCUAUUUUGUUCUGGAUAAGUCUGGCAGUGUGCAAGGUUAUUGGAAUGAGAUCUAUUACUUCGUGGAUCAUCUCGCUCACAAGUUCAUCAGUCCUCAGCUGCGGAUGUCUUUUAUUGUGUUUUCAACAGAGGCACGGAUUCUCAUGGCUCUAACAGAAGACAGAGAUAGGAUUCGUGCCGGGCUAGAGGAGCUGAGCAUGGUGGAGCCAGGCGGAGACACCUUCAUGGAUAAAGGACUUCAUAAAGCCAGUGAACAGAUUUACUAUGGGACUGGUUAUGGUUACAGGACAGCGAGCGUCAUCAUCGCCCUGACAGAUGGAGAACUGAGGAAGAAUCAGUUCGAUCAGGCACAACUGGAGGCCAGCAGAGCCCGUCAGUUAGGAGCCACUGUGUACUGUGUGGGGGUGAAAGACUUCAACGAAACACAGCUGUCCACCAUAGCUGACAGUAAGGACCAUGUUUUUCCUGUGGAUGAUGGAUUCCAAGCACUGCAGGGUGUCAUUGACUCGAUCCUGAAGAGAUCAUGCAUUGAGAUCCUGGCUGUAGAGCCCUCCAGCAUUUGUGAAGGAGAAACUUUCCAGGUGGUUGUCAGAGGAAAUGGUUUUCUUCACUCCAGAGAUGCGGAAAAAGUUCUCUGCAGCUUUCGCAUCAAUGAUACAAUUACUUUGAUGAAGAGGCCUUUAGUGGUGAAGGAUACGUACCUUCUGUGUCCGGCUCCUGUUCUGGAAAAAACUGAAACGUCGGCCACUCUUUAUGUCAGCAUGAAUAAUGGCCUCAGCUUCAUAUCCAGCUCUGUCACUAUUACUGCUGUCUCUUGUUCUGAUGGGACCAUAGUGGGAAUCUCACUGCUCAUCCUGCUGCUGCUGCUCACCAUCGCUCUGCUGUGGUGGUUCUGGCCUCUCUGCUGCACCGUGGUGAUUCACGAGCCACCUCCUCCAGUAAUGGAGGAUAGUUCUGAUGACGAGGACGGUUUUCCAAAGAAAAGGUGGCCCACUGUAGAUGCAUCAUACUAUGGAGGCCGUGGAGUCGGGGGCAUCAAAAGAAUGGAGGUCCGCUGGGGAGACAAAGGCUCGACUGAAGAAGGAGCCAAACUGGAAAAAGCCAAAAAUGCUCGAGUGGUGAUGCCGGCCGAGGAGUACGAUCCACCUCCACCUCAGCCUUACUACCACAAACACAAAACCAUCGGGCCACAGAAGUGGUACUCUCCCAUCAAGGGAAAGCUGGACGCUCUGUAUGUUUUCCUGAGAAAAGGCUACGACAGAGUGUCUGUGAUGAGACCAUAUCCUGGAGACAAGGGCAGGUGCAUCAACUUCACCCGGAGCCCAUCCUCCCCUCCUCCCUGCUACCCCAUCUACAACCACCCCUCCACACCUGUCUACACUUUGCCCCAAAGGAAUCAGCGCCGUUCGUCCGACGGGGACCAGGACUUCUACUUGCCCCCCUCGCCAACUUCAACUUUACCUCCUCUACCCUCCACUCCUCCCCCAUCCUCCAGCAACUCCCCCUGGUACACGCCCCCUCCAAACAGAGCCUUGCCCCCGACCAACGCCAGCCAAAUCGUGGAUCCCCCGUCUCCAACCGGCUGUCUGCCGCCUCCGCCUCUGAGCCCCACUCUUUGUAGAGCGCCUCCUCCUUCACGGCCCCCGCCACACCCCAACCACGAGGAUCACUGACGAGUCAGAACCACAAAUCUGAGGAUUCAGGUCUGAAACCUGAAAGACCUUUUGACUGUAUUUGUACAGAGCUGAGCUGUUUCCUGCUGCAAAACUAAACUAAUCCCUCGCUGGCUUCACUAUAUCACUCACUACACAUGCAGCUAACUUUUGCCAAAACAGCUAAUAUAAAUUCUACCAUAUUUCUACGAUAACUUCGUGCACGUCUCAGAGUUGCUGCUCACGUUUCUUAAAGUGUGGGUUGAUCUUUGAGUUGUGUGUGUAAACUACCAAGUACCAUCACAACGGAGGCGAUGCAGCAGCCAGAGUUACAGACUGCAGAUCUGGGAUCAGAUUUGUUCAUGCCUUAAUGAUGUGCAAUAAAUCAGUUAAAAAUAAAGAUAUUUAUUCUUUU